GGGCGGGUGGGAGUGGCGGGCCGAUCCCUGAGAAGGACGCGCAGCGCCCCAGAGGCUCCCAAAGCCGAGCCUCGGGGUUAGGGGAGCUGCUCGUCGGCGGGCGGCGCUAGGACCCUGCGGGUAGCGGCGGGGGCGGAGCAGGCGGCAGCAGGACCCGGGGGAACCGCGGCGGGCCGGCGGCGAACAGGGCCCGGAGCCGGGAGGCUGCGGGCGGCGGCGGCGCUGGGCCCGGCGCGGCGGCAGAGGCCCCGAGAUGCCAAGCAAGAAGAAGAAGUACAACGCGCGGUUUCCGCCGGCGCGGAUCAAGAAGAUCAUGCAGACGGACGAGGAGAUUGGGAAGGUGGCGGCCGCUGUGCCUGUCAUCAUCUCCCGGGCGCUUGAGCUCUUCCUGGAGUCUCUGUUGAAGAAGGCUUGCCAGGUGACCCAGUCUCGAAAUGCCAAAACCAUGACCACGUCCCACCUGAAGCAGUGCAUUGAGCUGGAGCAGCAAUUUGACUUCUUGAAAGACUUGGUGGCAUCCGUGCCUGACAUGCAGGGGGAUGGGGAGGAUAACCACAUGGAUGGGGACAAGGGUCCUCGAAGAUGGACUGUACCUUCCCGAAGGGGCCGGAAGCCGGGCAGCAGUGGAAGGAAGAAUGGAGGCACCGGAAGCAAAGGCAAAGACAAGAAGCUGUCUGGGACAGACUCAGAACAGGAGGAUGAGUCUGAGGACACAGACACUGACGGGGAAGAAGAGGUACCACAGCCUCCACCCCAAGCCAGCCACCCCCCUACCCACUUUCAGAGCCCUCCACCCCCCUUCAUGCCCUUCACCUCUCCUCUGCCCUUGCCCCCUGCGCCCCCUGGCCCCUCAGCACCCGAGGCAGAGGAUGAAGAAGACUAUGACUCCUAGCGCCCACUGCCCCUUACCCCAGGCCAUGUACCCCUUUAGUUAGUAUUAGCUGCUCUGGGGAGAAAACAAAGAUGGAAUUGUUCUUAAAUUUAUUAAAAAAAAAAAAAAGAAAGAAAGAAAGAAAAAGAAAGA